AUGAUGAUGAGGUCCCUCCAAGCCUUUGGCUCCCUGGCACUGCUGCAGACAGUUGCGUCGCAGCAGAUUUGGGACAUCUGGCAAACCACAUGGAAUAGGGACAUGUUAUUCACUUAUUUCCAGCCCAAGGACCCCAUUAACUUCGUUACUCCUGGUGCUAUCGGCAGCGCGGACAUCGUCAUCCACGAUUCCUCAGUAUACCAAACCGUGUAUGGUUUCGGAGGAUCAUUGACCGAUUCUUCUGCUAAGUUAUUCAACAACUUGAAGGUACAAAAUUCUGGAAGCUAUUGGAAGCUCAUGGAUUAUCUAUUUAAUGCUACGGAUGGUGCUAACUCAGCCGGGUUCUCCUAUAUCCGCGUCCCACUUGGGGCGACAGACUUUUCUGCCAAUACCUACAGUUAUGACGAUACCAGUGGAGACACUUCACUGAACAACUUUGACAUCAAUGCUGCACCGUCUGAUGUUUUCUCGGUUAUUCAAGAUAUUAUAUCUAUCAAUCGUAUGGCCAGAUUCCACAUCGUACCAUGGUCGCCGCCUGGUUGGAUGAAGAGCGGGGGGACUAUGCGCGGAGGCUCGCUAAAUACUCAUUAUAUCAACACAAGUGAGCCAUUCGAGUACACCCCCUACAUGGAUGCGCAGCUGACGACAAUUACAGUGGCAAACUACCUCUUGAAGAGCGUGCAGGCAUUCUUGGGUAAGGGGAUUCCGAUUUACGCAAUCAGUAUCCAGAAUGAACCGGAAAACAGCGACUCUACAUACCCGACUUGCAAUAUGACGGUGGCAACUGAGGCUCAGAUUGGGCUGGCUCUGCGCACGUUGUUGAACAAUCAUAGCUUGUCGAGUGUCAAGAUCAUCGGUUACGACCACAAUUGGGUGGAUGCUGCCAACUACCCGGUCCAACUGAUGAAACAAGCUGGAAGUGCCUUCGAUGGGGUAUCUUUCCAUUGUUAUCGGGGUUCCGUUAGUGACCAGGCCUUGUUCACAUCCCAGUAUCCGAACAAGCAAGUGUACUUCACGGAGUGCUCGGGAACCCUUGGCAGUGACUGGUGGAACGAUAUCAAGUGGUAUAUGGAUAGUAUCUUCAUUGGCAGCAUCUCAUAUGGUUCCUCCUCUGGAUUGAUGUGGAAUCUCGCACUUGAUGGCAGCGGCCAGCCAUUACUUCCAGGAACAGGCAGCUGUGGUGGUGGAUGCCGUGGUGUAGUCCAAAUUAACAAUAAUGGGACCUGGAGCGUAAAUCAAGAAUUUUACUCCAUGGCUCAAGCCUCCAAAGCCAUUCUUCCUCGCGACGCCGGCGGUCCAUGGGGCCAGCGAAUUGGUGUGAGCGUCGGUGGGUCGCUUGACUGGGCUCUUGUGGUUGGCGCCUACAAGACGGGUAGGGUUUCAUCGAGCGACUGGAACAGGUACAGCAUCGUCGUACUGAACUGGGAUGACAGUGCGUCCACCACUUGGAAUCCUCAGCCUGUGAAGGCCACUAUCGAGUUUAGAGGUAUGCAAGCUACGUACACAUUCCCCGUUGGUGUCACCACCCUUUGGUGGUAUGCUCCCAACUAGUUGUAUCUUGAUUUUUUGAUAUGUUUUCACGUCCCUGGGUAGCUGUGGUGAUUUAAUGCUGGCUUCUUUUACAUUAUUUGCAUCACUAUCAUAUGUAUCAUGUCGUACAGGACAUGCAAGAGCAUCAAGCCCAAAUUGCAUAUGAUUAUAGGAUUGUGUGUUUCCUUUUCAAUUGUUGUUCUUAUGGUGUCGAGACUCGAGAGAUAUACUCGUACUGAUCUUCGAUACAGCAACUCUUUUAUAAACAACUGCCCACACAGGGGUGGGAUCGAUUUUACCCCUAUCCAAAUCUUCCUCUUUACUGUACC